GUCGUUUUCUUCAUUGUUACGGCUGCAUUCUUUUGGGAGAAGUUCACUUUGCGAUAUAUCGUCCUGUCAGGCUUCUGCGCCACCGCGAGCUUGGCUGCGUACAAAUUUAUGUCGUACAUGUCAACACCGACUUUUGAGCAGAACGACCGGGGAGUUAAUCAGCUCGUCGAUGCUGGUCUUGAUUUGAACAUUACAUCAGGCGGGAUUGCUGAAUACGCUAAAGAUCUGAUUUUGGCCUGCUGUAUAGUGCAAGCUCUCAGUCUUAUCCACAAUGGCUUUUGGUUACUGCUGUUAUUUGUCCCCGGCCGCGUAUGUUACCUCUUCUGGGUGCAUAUCCUUGCUCCCUGGAUCUUUGAUCCCAAUCAAUCACCCACUAUCAAUGAAAAGAAGCAGAAGAAGCAGGAACGUCGGAUGAAACGGAUGCAGAACGCCGGCCGAUAA